AUGGAGGAGGAGGAUGUGUCCGACGAGUAUGUCUCCUACUGCCGGUUUCGCGUCGACGGAAUACCUGUACGCCAAGCACGGAGUGUAGGAAACACGCUGCGGCGAACCCUACUCCGGCAGGACCUCUUUCGAAGCGUUGCACCCGUCGCUUUCCGGUUGCGCCGCAGAUCCUUUGAGGUGGCGACGGGGAAGGUCAUUCUGGUGCGCGCUUUUUAUAAAUGGGUAGUCAUACCGUCCUACCUGUCAUACCAUAGCGUUUCAUUGAACAGCUCCAGCCUGAAGGAAUGGGAAAUUGCGCCAGCCUUUGAAGAAUAUCGCCAACGGCUUCGAUUUGACCAUUGGCUCAUGGUUCCACCGCUCUUUUCGCCAGUGAAGAAAGUGAACUAUUUGAUCACUGGAGAGGAAGAUCAGGAGGUGCUUCAGCUCGAAGUCUGGACGACAAAGUCUGCGAACGCUUCGUCGCUGCUGCGCUUGGCUUCUGCCUCGUUGCUGGCCGGCCUUGAAGCCCGGAAGGGCCAAAUCAGUGUGCCAGAACCGAGCGAGUUGCCAGGCAUGAGGCAUGCAAACCCUCCCAGUGGACCGCUGCAGGGUGAUGAUGCGCUGGCAGAGUUGCUCAACAGUGUGCAAAACGAUCCAUCCCUGAUCUCUGCAGGGGCUGCGGAGAGGGAUGAAGACCUGAGCACUUUGACCCAAGGCUUGUUUGAUGAGUGA